AUGAAGGUGUUUGACGUGUUUUCAGGAUCUCAGUUCUUUAAGUACGAGUCUUUCUCUCUGAGCUGUGACGGGAACAGAAACUCCUCUGGAUGGAGGGUGAAGGCCAGGACGGCCCGAGGAGUCUCCGAGUGUGGACGCGACUGGGGCCACCUGCGAGCGUCGACCUGCGUUAUCCACGAGGCGUACCGCUGGAACAGUGGCGAGUACUGGUGUGAGUCCGCAUCAGGAGAGACGAGUCCAGCUGCCAACAUCAGCGUCACCGACAGUAACGUGAUCCUGGAGAGUCCCGUGUUUCCUGUGACGGAGGGACGAUCUGUGACUCUGCGUUGCACUACUCGAAGCAACUCUUCAAACCUGCGAGCCAGCAUCUUCAUGAAGGACAGAUCUCCCGUCGGAGCAGCCGUCACGGGGCAGAUGAGCCUCCCUGCGGUGUCCAAGUCUGAUCAAGGCCUCUACAUGUGCGUGAUCACCGGCGUCGGGGCGUCAACGGAGAGCUGGCUCACUGUGAGAGGAGGAGCCACGGAGAGACGAGAGGCAGGUCGACCGUCUGAUGGUUUUACUGGAAACGUGACGGGAGCAGGUCCUGGUGCUCCUGCAGCAGCACGCCUCCUGUCUGUCUCCAGACUGGUGUGUCACCUGGUGGUGGGAGCUCCUUACCUGAUGUCCACCAUCGUCCUGGGACUCGUAUACAGAGACAUACACUCUAACAGGAAAGACACCAGACGUCACCAUGGAGACGCCACAGCGUAGUGAAAGCGGCAGGGAUUGGAUAAGCAGUAUGUUGAUGUCACUGCUGUGUGUUACAGUAUAAUUAUUAAAAUUUAACUAUGAUGUCAUCCAAUUGUUCAAUAUUUUAAUUUGUUGUAUGGUUUAGUCCAGGGGUCAGCAACCUGCGUCUCUUCAGCUCCUCUCCAGUGGCUCCCUGUGGAUCUAUAAAAGACAUUAGUGGAAAUGAAUAACUGUUUUUUCG